UACAUAUGGUAUGAUGUAGAAGAUUUAUGGUGAUAUGAACAUCUUACGACAUGUAACCUCUUAUCAUAGCAAGGUUGCCUUUUUCUAUACAAAAAAGUUACUACAUACAAGUUAUUUUGAAGGGAAUUUUCUACGUUGGCCAUUUAAGUUAUUGAUUUGAAGGUCCAUAUCUGAAUUCCUUUUAUUGCUCUUUGCCCUAUUCUAGGUUUGGUAAAUUUUUAUUCAGGGACAUUUAUGUUAGUUUAGUUUUCUGCCUUAUUACUUGUUGGAUGGGACAUGUCAGUUGCAAAUUGUUGUAUCUAUUAUUAACUCGAGGAUUUCACAUGCACACGCACGCACAUAAAGGAGAAAAAAUAUCUGCAUAGCUUCUAGAAAUGCUUAGCGAGGCAUUAUUGGUCUUUAAAAUCAUAGCAAACCAAAAUGUAAGAGCAAUUUAGCCCCCAAAAUGUGAAGGAAAGGCUGGAAAGGUAGCACCCAAAAUGCAGGGCAAUGGUUAUUGCCUUAUGGGACCAUUUAAAUUAUGAACCACUUUAGUCUUAAGCCCAAUGCAGCCGCCUGCAGCACUGAACCAUAAAACUUUCAAAUUUCAGUCCUUUUUUCGCAUGAGGAGUUUUUGAGAGUGAGAACUGAGGACAUGCAAUGAAACUUUUAUGCAAUUUCUUUCUAAAUACGCAUUUUUUAUUUUGCAAGUUUUAAAGGAAUGCCUUAUUGUUCAUGCUGGGAAAUACGAUGAACUUUUGCAGGCUGGAACUGAUUUCAAAGCUUUAGUGUCAACUCACCAUGAAGCAAUUGAAUCAAUGGAUAUUCCCAACAACUCAUCUGAAGAUUCCAAUGGAAGCAAUCCUCGCGAUGCAUCCAUUGCAUUUAGUAAAAGAUGUGAUUUCAUUGGAAACAAUGGUGAAGUGAAAGAGGGUUUAUCAGCUCAUAAACUAGCUGCAAUCAAAACAGCAUGGCUACCUUCUGUUCUUCUUGCCGAUGCUUAUCCUCUACAAUUUGCAUAUGUUUGCACACAACAAAUGUCAUUCAAUCAGGUCUUUACUCAACAUUUUCAAGCUUUCUUCCAUAAUGAGCCCAUUAACGAAAUUGUUUUCUGCAUGAAUGAUUUCACAUGGAAAGUUCCCAGAUAAAAUGGCUGUCUUCAGCCUAUUGGUAUGGAAGUUUUGCAGAAUACCUUGAACUUACAAGACUCUAAUUUGGUCUUUGUUGCUGUUAGGAAUCCAGAUGAUUUCCGCCUUUUGGUGCUUGAUGCAAAUGGAUGAGAGAAAAUGUAAGAC